AUGGUGGUGUUGAUGACUACGAGCGACUUUGUGGUUCAGUCGAAGGAUGAUCUCAAAACGGCUAUCGAAGACAGUGCUGUGCCAGCCCAACUACAGGGUGAAAUACGUCUGCAACUACGCAAGAAAAAGCAUCAUCGCUUCAGAAAAUAUCAUGCCGUACUCGCUAAGGGGUUCCUUCGUCUCUUCACUAACAACCAGGAACAACAUUAUAAAUACCAAAUUGAUCUGGCGAAGAUUCUAGUAAAAGAAGAGAAGGGAGCCGUUCUUCUGGAAUUCAGAGAUUUAUGGAGGGCAGCCAACAUUUUUGAGGUGGAGACUCGAGUCCUUAUUCCGGUGAACGAAAAAGAUCUCGACAAAUGGAAAAACGCCAUGAUGAAGCAUCAGCAAUACCGUAAAACUAAGUUGAAGUAA